UCGCUCUUCUUCCGAUAUAUGCUGCACGUGACGCCUGAGAGAGAAAGUGGUUGCUGACAGUCAGCUGACACGGCUGAUGUUGCAGUUGCGAGUUUUAGGAGGUAGCGCUUGCAUUUCCUACUACAAGGUCAAAGUAGAACCAGAACCACCGAAAACAUGUCCGGAGACGCUGUUGUUACAGAUACUCAGAACCCUGGAUGGACUUGAUGGCUUCAGCUGCUUGGAAGAACUAAUACUGGACAACAAUCAACUUGAUGAUCGUUUCGCUUUCCCACCGCUGCCAAAACUUCACACAUUAACUUUAAAUAAAAACCACCUGACAGAUUUGGAAUCUCUCUUAAAUACACUGGCUUCAGUCGCUCCUGUUCUAGAAUAUCUCAGCUUGCUGGGGAACCAAGCAUGUCCUAAUGAGCUAGUGAGCCCAGAGAAAGAUGAAGAUGAUUAUCAGAGAUACAGGUAUUUUGUUCUGAAUAAACUUCCAAAACUAAAGUUUCUGGAUGCCAGGAAAGUAACAAGGAAAGAGCAAGAAGUAGCAGUUUCAAGAGGAGCCUUUAUGAAAAUUGUUAAGCCAAAAGAAAUACAGGCUCCCAGUAGCGCAGAGUACAGCUCUCCAGACACGGCUUACACUCCAUUGCCAUGUUUAUCCAGGGAUCCAACAAAUCACAGAGGAGUUUCAGGGAAAUGUCACUAUAUUUACUAUGGAAAACAUUCAGAAGGAAACCGUUUCAUUCGUGAUGACCAGCUCUGACUUUCAGGACUAUGGCUUUCAUGCAACAUCAGACACUUGAUCUGCGGGGUUUACUGCAAAUGUUCCUUAACUCAAUCAAGAAAUUUAAGUGGAAUGUAAACAAUGUGGGAAACCAUAUUCUUUGUAACUGAAUGCAAAACAAUGUUGAAAUCUGUGAUUUGUACCCUUGUUACUAGAGAUUCGUAAAAUGAAAAUAUCACUUUUAAAAGAGAACCCCUCUUCUUUAAAACAGUAAAAACUACAAAAUAAUUUUUCAGCAUACAUGUUCCUUGACUCAAGCAAGAAAUGUGUGAAGUGGAGUGGAAGGUCAAUAAUGUAACUGAAUAUUCUUUGUAACUGAAUGAAAACAAUGUUGAAACCUAUGAUUUGUAUCCUUGUUACUAGAAAUUCGUAAAAUUAAAAUAUAACUUUAAAAAAGAACCCCUUUUUAAAAUAGUGAAAACUACAAACUAAUUUUUCAGCAUACAUUUUAUCCAUGGAUGGUUGUUCUGUAUCUAUUGUUCGCUUCUAAAAUGUACUUGCUUUGACUGUGCAAUAUCAAGUUGUCAUAAAGCCCA